AUAAUCGCCCGGUACGUUCAAAUCAGGUGACGCUUUUGCACGUGUUUUCGCUUAUAUUCAUUUAUUGGUUACUAAUAAUUGAUCUUUAAUAACGAUGGUUCAAAAUUCUAAAAAGCGUGUUCGUGUGAACACCAGUAACUUAGAAAAUAGCACCGGCUCGUCUAAUAACACAUUACCACCCCAUAUUAUUAGUAGUUCACCCAACAUAAAAGCCUCGAACAUAACUCUGACCCCUGUAAUACAGGUGGAAGAUGUUCUGUCUGAAAAAGUAGAGCUCUCUUACUUAACGUGCGUAAUUAAAGAGAUGCAGCUACAGAUAGAUGAAUUAAAAACGAAAUUAAGUUCCCUAGAAUGUAUACCUGAAACUAUCUCACGUAUGAAAAAAGAAAUGCAGGAUCCUACAAUCCUAAAGCUUUUUAAUAUGACCUCUAGAAUGACUCAUACUGACUCAGAAAAUGCGAAGGAGUUAGAAAACGCCAUCGACUUUCUAUCCAGCGAAGUUGUUAAAAGGCUGGCUUCAAAACAAAACGCAAUAGUAUAUAAUGUACCGGAUAGUGAGCCCAUAAAGUCAGUCCAGCACUCAUUGCUGAAGGCUGCAAAUCUAUUGAAUGCACCUUGUCAGUGCAUUCGCCUAAGCAAAAAAGACCUGAAGUAUCCUUGUCCUAUACUCUUUAGGUUCGACAGCUACAUAACAGCUGAACGAUUUAAGAUGGCCGAAGAUCUUCUGGCUACUGCCACUAAAUUCAAGACUAUCAAAGUAGUCUCGGAUAAAACACCAAACCAAAGGCAAGCAACCAAGAACUCCUUCGACACAAAGUUGACAACACUGAGAAAUACAUCUGGUAUCAGUGCUAAAGUGUCGACGGACACUGAGGCACAGCAAGUCACGUGUAUAGUGUUAGGAGAAAAAACGGCAAGUAAGAGCGACCCAAAACUCAGUAAGAGCAGUGCCACUGGGUGCAGUCUUAGAGUGCACGAGAGCACAUCUCGAAAACCUGCUGACCUACAUGAGGUUGACAUAGACGCACAAACUAUGGCUGACCAGAAACUACUGGCAGACCACACUCAAUCUGGAUCCAAGCCAGAGAGUCCCUCAGUAGAAACCGCAAAAAAGACCACAAAACCCAGAGUCCCACCCCAGACUUCGACAUACCUCCCUCGUAAUAAGUCAAAUAAGCAGCGUGUCAGUCUAAAAAAUGACAAAGCAUGGGUAACGAAGCACAUUCCCAAAGACGUCACGCAGCAUAUGAGAAGGAAUACCCCUUCCCGGACUAGAAGUAACAUGCCUAACAACGCACAUAACUUGGGAAUGCAACGUAGAAUGGAUCCUCGGGAUACAUGGGGCACUAAACGGGACUCAUAUAGGCACCAUAUUAACGAAAAUUCUCGUCCAGACUCCCGCACUAUAUAUGUUAGACCUCAUCAACAUAAUGAGAACAGGUCGACACUUGAUCCCCUCAAUAACUUCACUCACGCACGUGACGUGAGCCAAUAUGCAUACGGCUAUGAAAGCCCCAUGAGGUACAACUACCAGGGUAGUCUUAACACAGGGUACCCAGGUCCAGCAAACUACAACCCAAAUUGCAGGGCAGACCAUAUAUCACCAGUAGAUGAACGCAGAUGCCGACCCAUGGAUGCUAAUAGUCAAAAUAUGCAACAGGAUUAUUUUCGGCUGCAGCAAGCAAUAGCCCCCCUCGCAGCACAAUUUGUCCAGGGAAUAGUAAACACGCUGACAAUGUCUCAUAUGAGGAUUCCUCCGAACAUAACAUAGGCAACCAGGAGUUAGGGAUAGUAACAAGAAAACCUACUAACUAUCCCAACAACCCUGGUUUUCUGAAAAUUAUGCUUUUAAAUGCUCGAUCUCUCCUUAACAAAAUAACUUCCCUUCGCAGCUUGGUAUACAUGGAGCGGCCAACACUGAUUCUGGUAACUGAAACUUGGCUUACUAUUGAUAUACCUGACACAAAGCUGAUAAUCGAUAACUAUAACAUCCACAGGAAUGACAGAGCAGACAAGAGAGGAGGCGGCUGUCUAAUAUAUGCCUCUAAAUCCACUAACUCCAAUACCUUUACAAACCUAACUAUCGACAAACUCCCAGAAUCCAAGUGGAUAAGCAUCCACACGAAUGAAAAUAACAUUCUUGUGGGAUGUAUAUACAGAGCCCCUAACAGCCCUAUAACGACUGAUACGGUUAUCGGAGAAAUACUAGAGGUUGUACCUAAGCUGGAAUUCGACUACAAACUAGUUUGUGGCGAUUUCAACCUCCCUGGAGUGAACUGGGAUACCUGCACUGGACCGAGAACCUACGAGGUGAUCCUAGAAGCCAUAGAUGUGGGAGGAUGGAAGCAGUGCGUACGCCUCCCAACACGACACAACAAUAUACUCGACUUAAUCCUCUGUCACAAAAUAGAGCCGAUCUCGAUAGAGGUGAGGGAUAAACUCGACAACAGUGACCACAACAUACUGUACUGCACCCUACCCUUACAACUAACAACUAAACACACACCUAAGAGUUCCCCGGUUUACUAUCAAUAUAGGGACUAUCGAAAUGCCGACUGGGAAUUCCUACCAACGCUCUUGAGAAGCUCAGACUGGGGUGAAUACUUCACCAAUAAUAACUUAGAAGUAAUACUAAAUACCUUCUACAAGACAAUCAGUUCGGUAAGAGACACAAUCGCACCCCUGAAAUCUGCCCUAAAGACACCAACUCUGUUCAUAGAUCGCAAAACGCGAAUAAAACUAAGGAAACUAAAAAGGAGAUUUUAUUUAUACAAAGAAUUUAAUGCAUUACACCUGAUACACGAAAUAUUUAAAAAUUUAGAUGAGAGACAUAAAAUGAAAGCACAAGUCGAGGAAAAUAAAGCCCUAGAGGGCACCUCUAAAACCCAGGAACUCUGCAAAAUCUUGCAAAAACGGAUGAAGAAGGGUGAAGAAAACAAUAUCAGUCAUUUAGAACACGAAGAUAUAAUUUAUGAUGAUCCCCAGAUCAUUAGUGAACUCCUGAGUGAGUGGUUCUCCAAUAACACCAAAGCACAUCCGUCCCCAAUUCUCGACAUAACCUGCAAAAAUAACUACAAGUUAGGUGAAAUAAACUUUAAUAUACAAAAUAUAGCAUCGGCGGUAAGGACAUUAAAAGCUAACAGUAGUUGUGGGAUAGACGAUAUACCAUCCGUCAUAUACAAAAACGGUGGUACGGAUAUGAUUGUAUUAUUACUUAGAAUAUUUAAUAUCUCACUAGUGACCGAAACCUACCCUGAAACUUGGAAAAACACAUAUAUAUUACCUAAGCAUAAAGGAGGGGCCAAAACUAGUGCAUGUAAUUAUAGGCCUAUCAAUAUAACACCAGUCAUAUCAAGGAUCAUGGAGAAAGUAAUCAAAGACCAAAUGUCAGACUACUUUCUAAAACAUAAACUCAUCAACCUGUCACAACACGGAUUCCUCAAGAAAAGAUCUUGCGUCACUUGCCAUAUAGACUUUUUCAACGAAGUCACCUAUAGAAGAGAUAGGAGAGAGCUAGUGAUUAUCCUCUAUUUCGAUAUAAGGAAAGCCUUCGACAGAGUCCCACAUAGUCUGUUAGUCGGUAGGCUAUGCUCACUAGGGAUACGCAACCCCCUCUACAAUUGGAUAAAAUCAUUUCUGUAUGACAGGAAUCAGACAACUAAAGUUGGCUCAAUGACCUCCAGACCUAGACCAAUCAGCAGUGGUGUCAUCCAGGGGAGUGUAUUGGGACCCCUUCUUUUCAUUAUAUACAUAAACAGUAUAUGUGAAUGUUUUAGUAUAGGCAAGCCAAUACUGUAUGCAGAUGACUUGAAGGUGACAUAUACCUGCACAAAUACAGAUAUCGGCCCAACUAUGAACUCCAUACAUGAAGAAUUAGCAAAAAUGGAUAGAUGGUGUGACACGUGGAGACUUGAGUUUAAUGUUGAAAAGUGUGGAUGGCUCUGCAUAGGCUGUUCCAACCUUGACCUCAACCUAGCAAUUCAGGGCCACAAAAUCCCCAGACUCAAAUCUGUACUAGACCUAGGACUGAAAUAUUCACACAAUCUAUCAUUUUCAGAGCAUAUCUCGAAUCAAGUGUCGAAAUCACGAAGGCUUAUUGGUUUCCUACUCAGGAACUUCUACAGAAACGAGUCCAGAAUACUACUGUACAAGGUAUGUGUGCGCCCACUCCUAGAUUACUGCUCAUUCAUAUUCAGCAGUACACGCAUAGAAGACAAACUGAAAGUAGAAGGAGUACAGAGGUACUUCACGCGAAAAGUACUCGGAACCGAUAACGGCACAAACUACUCUACCAGAUGUGAAAUCCUGGGACUAGAAACAUUAUGGUUAAGGCGACUGCGACUAAAUCUGUUACUCUUCUAUAAGCUUCUUAACCAAAUAGUGUAUACCCCUGCUAACUAUACUCGGUCCUCAGGUAACACAGGAUACAACCUUAGGCACACUAAAGGUACAGUGGCUAUAGAACCAUGUAAAACAGCCACCAGGCAAAAGUUUUUCUUGAUUAGGUAUGCCCAAAUAUGGAACAAACUACCUGAGAAAAUACGACUAGCAAGCACAUUGGCCUCCUUUGAAAAGGCACUUAAUGACACACUAAGUGAGUUUGUAAUUGAUACCAAUGGUAAUUCCCAUGUAAGAGUUUCAGAAAUCAUAGGCCCAUUUAAUGUAUGAACUCAGAGACUACACCUGUUGUUUGUUUUGUCUCUAUUUAUAAUUCCAGACAAAAAAGCAGCAGUCAUGACAAUAACACCCAUUCAACCAAGAGUCGAUCAAACUAUGUCUACCUGAUACAAAGGGCGAACCAUAAUCAACAUACGAAUGAAAUAUGAGAAAACAAGGUAGAAACUUACCGCAACACCACAUGAAAAGAUAAAAGUUACUUGGAUAUCAUUUAUAAUCCACCAACUGGUCUCCUACCCAAAAAGAAUGCGGCGAUGUUUUAUCCAAAAAGGCGAGGAAAUACAUAAACCCACAGCAGCUGUUGUUAACACUCAGUGGGGGUAGGAGCCAACAAAGUAAUCCUUUCAAAGCACAUGUAUACUUCAAAUGGGCACGGAGACUUUGUAGAAUACGUCAUAAUCCAAAUCACUGCCUCUACAGCGCCAAUAAACCUGGAUAUCUAUGAUAUAACGAAAACAUGCUGAAAGCUGCAUCUCAGAUCAAGUUGACUCAUUCCAUGGUAAUGAUCUCCUCCUGCGUGCCUUAUUCGACAUAUUGAAUGGAAUGGUUCGCAGUUAUUCUGGUACUAGAUCGAAAAGAAUAAAAAAUUCACCGGUUGCUGAAUCAAAAGUACUUCUCUGCAUGUUUAACUGUAUUCUAACUGCUAUGAUUAAUUCCAAACCAUUUAUCCCAUAAUCACUCAAAUUCCAGGAACGAUCCAAUUCUACCAUUUAAAGAAGCUGGCGGACACGAUGUAAAUGAGUAUUCAUGAUCUGAAAUAAAGAAGCAACUGGUUUUCAACAUUUUACUCAACUUACGAGUACAGUCCGCCAUGCAGACACAA